UUGAAGGUUAGAUUUGUGUGACACAUAGUUUGUUAUACUAAUAUUUAUAUUUAGUUAUUAAUAUUAUAUAUUAUUAUUUGUGAUAUGAAUAAACCUUUAGUUAUAAGUGGGGAGGCUUCAGAAACUGAUAGCGAAGAUGAAUCUCCAACAGUAAAAGUUAAUAAUUUAACAAAUUCAGUACAAGGAGCAGUAAUAACCGGAGAAGAUUCCGAAUCUGAUAACGAUACUUAUAGUUCUGUUGUACCUAAGGGUGAAGUUAAAUACGAUUCUUUAUUCCACCAAAAGUUACGGGAACAAAACGAAAAGUUAAAAGUUAGUUUUGAAAACAUAUGUCAGUCUCCGGUUAACGAAGCUGGUAAAACUUUGAAUUUAAUCGAUCAAAAUUUAAUUCGAUCUCAAAUUACAUUACAAAUCGCAGUUACUUCGCUUAAAACUUUAAGUAUUAACUCUUUAACUAUUAAAAGUAAAUUACAUUCUUUGUUAUCUUCUAAUUUCUUAUCGAAUGUUAUUUUAAAUGAUAAAUAAAUAAAAUAUACCUGGU